UCAUCCCCCUAACAAUUCACUCAUUCCACCAACAGAAAAAUGUGUUGGCCGCCUAUUUUAUGUGAAGCCCCAGGCUGGUCUUUGGGGAGACAGCCCUGAUGUAGACAGUCCUGUUUCUGUGCUCUUGCAGCUUUUGUUUCACUGGGAAUGAUAGACGAAAAUCAGCUGGUUUAAUAAGCAAAAUGGUUUUGGGAUGUGAUAAUUCCCAGGAAAAAAUUAUGGUAUGGAGGACAACUGAGGCGCGAAACUUUCAGAAGGGUUAAGGGGAAUUCCCUGGCGGUCUUGUGGUUAAGACUCAGCCCCCUCACUGCCCAGCGUUCGGGUUCAAUCCCUGGUCAGGAAACUAGGAUCCCACAAGACGCGCAGCGCGGCCAAAAGAAAUUUAAAAAAAGAAGAUAAAAAGAAAGGUCAAAGCUUGGGGUGGGAGCCGCUGAGAAAGGGAGGAAUCAAAUCUGGCAGGAGCACUUGUUGCUGAAAUGAGACCUGUCCUGGAACUUGUCAGUCUACAAGUUUGAGAUUUUUUUGGUUUUUAAGCCCCAGGUAUUGUUCUAAACCUUGGUAAUCCAAUGGAGUUAAAAUAGCUACAGUUCAUGCCCUCAUCGAGAUUUUGUUCUAGUAGGGAAGGUAGAACUAAAAAUACGAUGUCAGAUAGUGAUAAGUACUAUAUAGGAGAUUAAUAGAAGGCCAUCUCAUAAUGGCUACUUCAGAACGGUUGGUCAAGGAAGUCCUUUCCAGGAAGGUGAAUUUUGCAUGAAAUCUAAAUAACAAGAAAGAGCUAGCCAUGCAGAUAUCAGGGUGAGAAAAAUACCUUUUUGAACUGAGUUUGGCAAGUUAGAAUAAUGGAAAAGCAGCCGGUGUGGUUGGUGCAUUGUGGGUGAGAAGGAGAGUGGCAUGAAACAAGGUUGGAGAGGUAGACAAUGGCCAGACCACAUAAAGCAGGGUACUAAGUUGGAAUGUUAUACCGUGUGUGAUGAGAAGCCAUGAUCUCAUUUAUGCUAACUUAUAGCAAGUGGAUUGUGACUGGGGCAGGAGUAGGAUCUGGGGUCCUGGUCAGGAGGGCCACUGUUGCCUUAGUCCAAGUGAGUACUGGUACUGACUUGAACUGGAGUGAUGGUAACAGAGAGGAAAGGACAUGGACAGAUUUGGGAUAUGUUUGGAAAUAGAUUCCCUCGUUGACUGGGUAUAGAGAGGGCUCAAGAGAAGAAAAAUUAAGGUUGACUCCUGUGUUUUUGGCUUGAGCAACAGAUUGGAUGAUGGUGGUGUUAACCAAGAUGGGGAAAAUUGCGGGAACUACAGGUCUGGAGAAACGAUAAAUCAAAAUUUCUGGGACUUCCCUGCUGGCACAGUGGUUAAGUAUCUGCCUGCCAACGCAGGAGACAUGGGUUUGAUCCUUGGUCCAGGAAGAUCCCACUGCCGGGGAGCAACUAAACCUGUGCACCACAACUACUGUGCCCUCGCAAUGCAACUACGGAAGCCUGCACACCUAGAGCCUGUGCUCCGCAACAAGAGAAGCCACUGCAAUGAGAAGCCCCCACACGGCAACGAAGAAUAGCCACCCCCCCUCGCCACAACUAGAGAAAGCCUGCACACAGCAACAAAGACCCAAUGCAGCUGAAAAUAAAAAUAAAUAAAUAAAUUUAAAAAAAAAAUCAAAAUUUCUGUUUUGGCCAAAACAGGCUGUGUUUAUGAGAUAUUUAUAUGGUGAUGUCACCUAAGCAUUUUUAAAGGACAUUUUUUAAGAAUUUUAACUUAUUUUUGGCUGUGUUGGGUCUUCGUUGCUAUGCACAGGCUUUCUCUAGUUGCAGUGAGCUGGGGCUACUGUUGCUUGUGGAGCGUGGGCUUCUCAGUGCAGUGGCUUCUCUUGUUGCAGAGCACGGACUCUAGGCACACGGGCUUCAGUAGUUGCUGCACAUGGGUUUAGUUGCACCAUGGCAUGUGGGAUCCUCCCGGACCAGGGAUUGAACCCCGUGUCCCCUGCAUUGGCAGGUGGAUUCUUAACCACUGCGCCACCUGGGAAGUCCUAACCUAAGUAUUUGAAUGUACUGGUUUAGAGUUUCAGGGAGAGUCAGAGUUGAAUAAAGUUAGGGAAUCCGUUGGCAGAUAUUAACUCUAGUCAUGCUAAAUUGCCAUUUUUGGUAAAAAUAAAGGUUGAAUGCUGGCAGUUUCAUUGGUUCAUUCUAAUAGAUGGUAUUUAAAGCCACAGGUCUGGAUGAAGUCACUUGGGAAGAGCAUUUAGAGGGAAGAGAACAAAGGGCAGAGCCUUGGGCACACACCAUUUAGAGGUGAGCAGAAGAGUAGGAGCCAGCACAGGUGACUGAGAAGCAGCAACCAGAAGGCAGAGGAAUAUCAGGAGAGUGGUGUCAAGAGAGGAAGGGGUUUCAGGAAGUAAGGAAUGAAUUAAGUCAAAUGCUGUGGAGAGGUUGAAUAAGGUGAGCAGUUAAGUGACCUCUAGAUUGGCAACGUUGCAGUCUGGUGACCUUGACAGAAUAGUCAGAUUCAGCCUUGAGUAAGUUAGAUUUGAGAUGCCUAUGAGUUGUCCAAGUGAAGAAGUGAGGCAAUGAGUUUCCUUUCCUCCCACUUCCUUGGAAAGAGGCCGUGUACACCUGGGAGUCCUGUGUGUGUGUGAGAUCAGAGCUGAAUGAAUGGUGCGGAUCAGAAGCCCUCAGCUCUUCUAGGAGGGAGGUGUCCCUGAGUGCUGGGCAGCGAGGAGGGCCUCCCAGAGCUGGUGAGACCUGUACUCACCUUGACAAAUGGGAAGGCUUCGGAUAGGAUAGGGAUAGGCAUAGAUGCUCUAGGAUAGGGCAGAGGAAUGGCGAGGAGGCCAGGCAGGGUUUAGUGAGUAAAGCCAGGGUCCUGUUGAGAAGAAAUGGGAUCAGAAGUUGAAAAGUAGCUGGGGAUAGAUGUGGAGGGCCUUUGACUGUCAGGCUAAAGUCUUUGGAUUUACCUUGAGCAGGGACAUACUAUUCUGAAACACUGAAGUAGAGGAACUAUCAUUUGACUUCACUGGCCAGCCCAGUCCAGCUCCUCUUUCACGUUUACGCUUAGAUAUUAUUUCCCUUUGGAAGUCUUUCCAACUUCCAAAGUGCUAGGUUGGUACCCACAGUCCCUUGGCCUUGACCACACUGGACUGGAAAUGUCUGGAUACGUUUAUCCCUGAGUACCUACACUGCUUUCCCCCACCCUGUCGCUAAUGCCUCCGAAGUCUCAGCUGUCCCUGAAAUUUGAAAUCGGUUCAACAGAUAGGCUCUAGUUAAUGUUAUUUUUUAGGAACCUAACUCUUCUCUUCAGCACGGGACACCUGCAGAGAUGUCCUCAGUCCUUCACUUCUAUGUCCGUCCAUCUGGCCACGAGAGGGCAGCCUCUGAAUACACUCAAAGGAAGCUGCAAGGGGAACUGCCAGAGCUGCAGGGUGUCAAGACUGAGCUGUGCUACAACGUGAACUGGACAGCUGAGUCCUCCCCGAGCGCUGAGGAGAUGAAGAAACUGACGUGGCUGUUUGGCUGCCCCUUGUUCCUGGACGAUGUUGCUCAGGAGUCCUGGCUUCUUCCUGGCUCCACGGACCUGCUGCUGGAGGUCGGGCCCAGGCUCAACUUCUCCACCCCGACAUCCAGCAACAUCGUGUCCGUGUGCCAGGCUGUGGGGCUGGGGGCUGUGGACCGCGUGGAGCCGACCCGGCGCUACUUGCUCUCGUUUGCCCACCCGCCUUCGGCUGAGCUGGAGGCCACGGCCCUGGCCACCCUGCAUGACCGGAUGACCGAGCAGCACUUCCCCCGUCCCAUCCAGAGCUUCUCCCUGGGGUGCAUCCCAGCACCCCUCAGUGGCCCAAUCGACAUACUGGCUGAGGGCCGGUCUGCCCUGGAGAAAGCCAACCAGGAGCUAGGUCUGGCCCUAGACUCCUGGGACCUGGAUUUCUACACCAAGCGCUUCCAGGAGCUGCAGCGGAACCCCAGCACCGUGGAGGCCUUCGACUUGGCUCAGUCCAAUAGUGAGCACAGCCGACACUGGUUCUUCAAGGGCCAACUCCACGUGGAUGGGCAGGAGCUGGCACACUCGCUGUUUGAGUCCAUCAUGAGCACCCAGGUGGCCUCAAACCCCAACAACGUCCUCAAGUUCUGUGACAACAGCAGUGCAAUCCAGGGGAAGGAAGUCCGAUUCCUGCGGCCGGAGGACCCCACACGGCCAAGCUGCUUCCUGCAGUGUCAGGGGCUGAGACAUGUUGUCUUCACAGCAGAGACCCACAACUUCCCCACAGGAGUAGCCCCCUUCAGUGGUGCAACCACUGGCACAGGGGGCCGGAUCCGAGAUAUCCAGUGCACAGGCCGUGGGGCCCACGUGGUGGCUGGCACUGCUGGCUAUUGCUUUGGAAACCUACACAUCCCAGGUUACAGUAUGCCCUGGGAGGAUCCAAGCUUCCAGUAUCCUGGGAACUUUGCCCGACCCUUGGAGAUUGCCAUUGAGGCCAGUAAUGGGGCUUCUGACUACGGCAACAAGUUUGGGGAACCAGUGCUGGCUGGCUUUGCCCGCUCCUUGGGCCUCCAGCUCCCGGAUGGCCAGCGUCGUGAGUGGAUCAAGCCCAUCAUGUUUAGUGGAGGCAUUGGAUCCAUGGAAGCUGAGCACGUGAGCAAGGAGCCCCCAGAACCAGGCAUGGACGUUGUUAAGGUUGGGGGUCCUGUCUACAGGAUUGGAGUUGGGGGCGGAGCUGCGUCGUCUGUGCAGGUGCAGGGAGACAAUGCCAGCGACCUGGACUUUAGGGCUGUGCAGCGGGGAGACCCGGAGAUGGAACAGAAGAUGAACCGCGUGAUCCGGGCUUGUGUGGAGGCCCCCGGGGGGAACCCCAUCUGCAGCCUCCAUGACCAGGGCGCUGGUGGCAAUGGCAAUGUCCUGAAGGAGCUGAGUGACCCAGCUGGAGCCGUUAUCUACACCAGCCGCUUCCAGCUCGGGGACCCGACCCUGAAUGCCCUGGAAAUCUGGGGGGCCGAGUACCAGGAGUCAAAUGCACUUCUGCUGAGGCCCCCUGACCAGGACUUCUUGCGUCGUGUCAGCGCCCGGGAACGCUGCCCAACUUGCUUUGUGGGCACCAUCACCGGAGACAGGAGAAUAGUGCUGGUGGAUGAUCGGGAGUGUCCUGUGGGAAGAGAUGGCCAGGGGGAUGCCCCCCCAACUCCUCCCCCGACCCCUGUGGACCUGGACCUGGACUGGGUGCUGGGCAAUAUGCCCCAGAAGGAGUUCUUCCUCCAGAGGAGUCUCCCCGUGCUUCAGCCUCUGGUCUUGCCCCCGGGGCUGAGUGUGCGCCAGGCUCUGGCGCGGGUCCUCCGCCUGCCUGCGGUGGCCAGCAAGCGCUACCUCACCAACAAGGUGGACCGCUCUGUGGGCGGCCUGGUGGCACAGCAGCAGUGUGUGGGGCCCCUGCAGACCCCUCUGGCCGACGUGGCGGUUGUGGCACUGAGUCACCAGGAGCUCAUAGGGGCUGCCACAGCCCUGGGAGAGCAGCCAGUCAAGAGCCUGCUGGACCCCAGGGUCGCUGCCCGGCUGGCCGUGGCCGAAGCCCUCACCAACCUGGUGUUUGCUCUGGUCACUGACCUCCGGGAUGUGAAAUGCAGCGGGAACUGGAUGUGGGCGGCCAAGCGCCCGGGGGAGGGCGCGGCUCUGGCUGACGCCUGCGAGGCGAUGGUGGCAGUGAUGGCGGCCCUGGGUGUGGCGGUGGACGGCGGCAAGGACUCCCUCAGCAUGGCCGCCCGGGUUGGCUCUGAGACCGUGCGGGCUCCCGGGUCCCUGGUCAUCUCAGCCUAUGCUGUCUGUCCAGACAUUACAGCCACUGUGACUCCGGACCUCAAGCAUCCUGGAGGGAGAGGCCGCCUGCUCUAUGUGCCUCUGAGUCCUGGGCAGCACCGGCUGGGGGGCACGGCUCUGGCCCAGUGCUUCUCCCAGCUUGGUGAGCAGCCUCCCGACCUGGACCUUCCCGAGAACUUGGUGCGAGCCUUCCGUAUCACCCAGGGGCUGCUGAAAGACCGCCUCCUCUGCUCAGGCCAUGAUGUCAGCGACGGAGGUCUCAUCACCUGCCUGCUAGAGACAGCCUUUGCUGGAAAUUGUGGGAUAGAGGUGGAUGUCCCUGCCCCUGGGGUCGAUGCGCUGCCUGUACUGUUCGCUGAGGAGCCAGGCCUUGUGCUGGAGCUGCAGGAGCCAGACCUGGCCCCAGUGCUGAUGCGUUACCGGGAUGCCGGCCUCCACUGCCUGGAGCUGGGCCGCACAGGCGCUGUCGGGCCCCACGCCAUGGUCCGGGUAUCAGUGAACGGGGCUGUGGUUCUGGAGGAGCCUGUUGGGCAGCUACGAGCCCUCUGGGAGGAGACCAGUUUCCAGCUGGACCGGCUGCAGGCAGAGCCACACUGUGUGGCCCAGGAAGAGCGGGGGCUGAGGGAGCGGACAGGGCCCACCUACUGCCUGCCCCCCACCUUUCCCAAAGCUUCCGUGCCUCACGAGCCUGGGGGUCCUGCCCCCCGAGUUGCCAUCUUUCGAGAAGAGGGCAGUAACGGAGACCGGGAGAUGGCCGAUGCCUUCCACUUGGCUGGGUUUGAGGUGUGGGAUGUGACCAUGCAGGACCUCUGCUCUGGCGCGAUCGGGCUGGACACGUUCCGAGGCGUGGCCUUCGUGGGUGGCUUCAGUUAUGCGGACGUCCUGGGCUCCGCCAAAGGGUGGGCAGCUGCUGUGACCUUUAACCCACAGGCCGGGGCUGAGCUGAGGCGCUUCCGGCAGCGGCCAGACACCUUCAGCCUGGGCGUGUGUAACGGCUGCCAGCUGCUGGCCCUGCUGGGCUGGGUGGGAGGCAUUCCCAGUGAGGAGGUGGCAGAGAUGGGCCACGAGUCCUGGCCGGCGAGGCCAGGCCUCCUGCUGCGCCACAACCGGUCUGGGCGCUUCGAGUCGCGCUGGGCCAGCGUGCGUGUGGGGCCCGGGCCGGCCCUGAUGCUGCGAGGGAUGGAGGGCGCUGUGCUGCCCGUGUGGAGCGCCCAUGGGGAAGGUUACAUGGCAUUUUCUUCCCCGGAACUCCAAGCCCAGAUUGAGGCCAGAGGCUUGGCUCCGCUGCACUGGGCGGAUGACGACGGGAACCCCACGGAACAGUACCCCCUGAAUCCCAAUGGAUCCCCAGGGGGCGUAGCUGGCGUCUGCUCCCCCGAUGGCCGCCACCUGGCUCUCAUGCCUCACCCUGAGCGGUCUGUGAGGCCUUGGCAGUGGGCAUGGCGACCGCCUCCAUUUGAUGCUCUCUCCACCUCCCCCUGGCUGCAGCUCUUCAUCAAUGCCCGGGACUGGACCCUGGAAGCAGGCUGCUGAGCAGGCCGGAGAGGCUCCCUUGGGCCCCGUGGUUUGUACCCGGGGUGUCUUUAGAAGUACCUCAUGUUAUUUCCAAGUGUGUCUUGGACAGACAGGGACCAAGAUGCCAAAAAAAAAACCUCAGCUAAUUUUAUUAAUUUGCCUGCCUUUGCCUUAUGCUGUUGGAUCUGUUUUCAGUUUUGUUCUAACAUUUUUGUCCUUUGUGGGCCUGGGAAGCAACAUGUGGUCCAGAGAAAAGAGCCUGCGGUGGGAAGUUGGAAUGCAUGGGGGGAUGGGGAGGGUGCUUCACAGCCGCGCGUCACUCAUGUCACUUAUCUGGGCUCGGAGGGAUGUCCCACACCUCCGUACCUCAUCGCCAGGGUUUAGGGGAUGGGUGCGGACAAAAGCAGGCCAGUCAGGCCCUCAGCGUUCUCAUCUGAAAACCAGCAGACGCUUUCUGGAUUCUUCUUUUUAAAUGCAGUGCUGUGCUCAGUGUAAGCAGUUGUUGGCAGCUUCUGUAACAGUGUGUCCAGCUGAGUCGUAGGGCUGCCCUGGUUCUGGCCUCUGAACUCAAUAGUCCUGAUGUUUGCUUCUCCUAAUUUAGCAGCUCGCUUCCUGACAGAAGUGGUCAUCACCCUCAUCCCUGGCACUGAGCCUUUAGUAGGCAUUUAUUCAUUCCUUUGUUCAUUCUAUUAAUGUUCAGUGAUUUGCUGCAGUGCCAAGCACUGUCACUGCUGCCAGGCAGUUUAUGGUCUGAUAGGAUUCAAAAUAGUAUGUGUAUGUGGUGUGUGUGUAUAUAUAUAUAUAUAUAUAUACACACACCACACACCACAAAGUAUUAUUCAGCCACAAGAAAGAAGGAAAUCCUGCUGUUUGCAACAACGUGGAUGGACCUUGAAGGCAUUAUACGCAGUGAAAUAAGUCAGACAGAGAAAGACAAGUACCGUAUGACCUCACUUAUACGUAGAAUCUAAAAAUAGCUGAACUCAUAGAAACAGAGCCCAGAAUGGUGGAUGGGGGCAAAGGGGAUGUUGGUCAAAGGGUACAAACUUCCAGAUGUUAGAUGAAUAAGUUCUGGGGAUCUAAUGUACAGUGUAGUGAUUAUAGCGACUAAUACUAUAUUACAUACUUGAAAGUUGCUAUGAGAGUAGAGCUUAAAUGUACUCACUGGGAAAACAGAACAGUAAUUAUGUGAUGUGAUGCAGGUGUAAGGUAUGGCGAUAGUCAUCUGCUGUGUAGCAUCAACGCUUUGUACACCUUAAACUCACAUAAUAUGAUAUGUCAGUUAUAUCUCAAUAAAGCUGAAAAAAUUCUCUGUAUGUGUUACCAUGAGCCAAGCAUAUGCUAGGCAUUUUAUAUAUAUCUAAAUUAUUUUUCAUAAGAGUUCAGCAAGGUACUUGAUAGGUGCCCCCCUCCCUUUUUAAAACAAAGGGAGAAAUAAGGUUAAAUCAAUUGCAGCAUCUGCUUCCUGCUGUCCCGAAGUCACAUUUCCGGGAGGCAGCAUUGUCAGGGCUUCUUGCUGACAGCUGUCCUUGUUUCCUUCGCUCACAAGACUGUGUAUAGAGGCCACUUCCUCAUGACUGUCAUAACUGUCCUGUUGUACAGCUCAAGUCAAUUUGCCCCCUAAAUAGCUCAACGUCUUGAUUAAAGAAAUUUCCCUGAGAAUGGAGACUGGACUCUCAGAUCCUGAGGGCGCUGGGCCUUCAGGGAAGCGGGAGGCUGAGUGGUGCACUCCUGGUAGAGUAGCCUAAGGAGAGACUGAUAAAACAGUGUUAGGUUGUGGCUAUGGAGACAAUAACCAUUUCAGGUCUUUCUCAUUGCUUUGCUAACUGACCUGAUGC